AUGGCCUCGUCCGUCCUUGCUCGAUCCAGCAUUCAGUCUGCUCGUACCAUUGUCCGGGCAGCAACACCUUGCUCUAAGCCUCUCUCUACAUACACUACUCGGGCGUUUGCUACAUCAUGGACACACUCAAAGCAGGCAGGAGGAUCAACGACACCUACAACAUCAACAACCCCAGCAACCAAUAUCACAGAGUCGGAAGAAUCCAGGGCAGCACCUAGCGGAUUCUAUGGCGGCUUCUUGCGCAGUUUGGCCAAGGUGACAGGACACUACACCGUCAGUCAGACUGCUAUGCGUUCGACCCAUAACUUUUAUGAGAUCUGCGCUAAGCAACUGCAGGAUAAGCGGUCAUUCUGGAUUGACACUUGUGGAUUGCCCGACAACUUCCAGACCUGGUUCUCAAUUACCCAUUUGCACGUGUGGUUGUUGAUGGUCCGUAUCCGCGCAGAGGAUCACGGAAAGGUCUUUCAACAGCAGCUCGUCAACCACUUUUUCCACGACAUUGAGGAUCGCAUGAGAUACAACCACAAGAUCUCUUCGGGACGGAUUAUCAGCACGUACAUGCACGAUUUUUUGGCUCAGUUCCACGGAGGAGUUUUGGCUUAUGACGAAGGCAUGUGCAAGGACGAUCCUAUCAUGGCAGCAGCUCUCUGGAGAAACUUGUUCACAUCAAGCGGAAACCCAGCUCAGAUUGCCAUUCUUGUGGAUUACGUCCGCAAGGAGCUGCAGCACUUGGAUACCAUGAGCUCGGACGAUUUCUUGGAGUCGCGUAAUUUGUUUGGCACCCAGGCACCAGCUCUCAAGGGUGUCCCUGGAAAGUAA